AUGCUUCUAAUCGCUCGAUACGUCAUAGACAGCAACAGCAACAAGAAAACACCACCCCACGAACUGCACCCUCACACCUUCCCCACACAUACUCACCACUCCGCCUCCAGCGCCCAUCCAAAACCCACGCACACGCAACAACCCGCAGCACUUAAAUCCGCGCCCCCGCCUUCCAUCUAUAACAGCCAGGACGCACCGCCCCCGGCUCUCAUGCAAACCUCGACACUCCCCACCGCAAACAAACCCAAACCAAGCCAUACCACUUCCAUCGGGCACCUCUUGCAAAGACCAUACCCAGCACACCCCCGCCCCCGCCCCAGCUAUCUCAGUAAUCCACCAACCACCAUCACCAACCCCCCAGAAGAGUACCGCAUUCUAGCACUAACUACUAGUCCAGAACAGCUUAACACUGUACGUAACAGCGCGUGUCAAAACCUGCAUACGUUUGCAUAUUUACCAACUUCACUAAACUGA